AACACACACGCAAAUCAAAAGAAACACGCAUGCGCACAUACCGUAUGUUGUUCUCCUAUGCGGAAGUCAACGAUCUGUCAUAUGACCUGAGCCUGGAGAACAAGAGCGAUGCCGCACGUUAAUGGAUAAAAGUACGAGAUACGUCGAAUGACAUCCACAACGAGAAAGGAAUGGAGGAGAUAAAAGUGUCUCCCGACUACAACUGGUUCAGGAGUACAGUGCCAUUGAAAAGAAUAAUAGUCGACGACGACGACAGCAAGGUGUGGUCGCUGUACGAUGCCGGGCCCAAGAGCAUCCGGUGCCCCAUCAUCUUCCUGCCCCCGGUCAGUGGCACUGCAGAGGUGUUCUUCCAGCAGGUCCUGGCUCUGACCGGCUGGGGCUACAGAGUCAUCUCGUUGCAGUAUCCUGUAUACUGGGAUCUCUUGGAGUUCUGCGAUGGAUUCCGGAAGCUUCUUGAUCACUUGCAGUUGGAUAAGGUUCAUUUGUGUGGGGCUUCGUUGGGGGGGUUCCUGGCCCAGAAGUUCGCAGAGUGUACGUACAAGUCCCCAAGGGUGCACUCUCUAAUACUGUGCAACUCCUUCAGCGACACCUCAAUUUUUAACCAGACCUGGGCGGCAAACAGCUUUUGGUUGAUGCCAGCCUUUAUGCUUAAGAAGAUUGUUUUGGGGAACUUUUCCAAAGGACCUGUCGACCCCAAAAUGGCAGACGCGAUCGACUUCAUGGUUGACCGGCUGGAGAGUCUGAACCAAAGUGACCUAGCCUCCCGGCUCACGCUCAACUGUCAGAACUCCUACGUGGAACCACACAAGAUAAAGGACGUGGUGGUGACCAUCAUUGAUGUGUUUGAUCACAGUGCCCUCUCUCUGGAGGCCAAGGAGGAGAUGUAUAAACUGUACCCCAACGCCAGGCGAGCUCAUCUCAAAACAGGCGGGAACUUCCCUUACCUCUGCCGGAGUGCGGAGGUCAACCUGUACAUCCAGAUCCACUUGCGCCAGUUCCACGGAACGAGGUACGCUGCCAUCAACCCCUCCAUGGUCAGCGCCGAGGAGCUCGAGGUGCAGAAGACUCAGCUGACGGAGGACAGAGACCUGGCCGACAGCCAAUGAGAGACUACCUUGUUCUGCUGGCACCCGCCAGUGUGUGUGUCGGUGUGUGUGUGUGUCGGUGUGUGUGUGUGUGCGUAUGGAGAAAUCAUGGAAAGGAAGCUGAAGCUUAUCAACCUUGAGCUUGCUGAUUGCUUCAUGCUUCCUUCUCCAGCACCUUCUUUUGAACAGACUUCCUUUAGCAUCGCAAUUUUCUUUCUUCCGAGGCUGAAUAAUCAAUAUACAGAUUUAAUUGAUUAUAUUUGUACCACAAAAAAAACGACAGUAUUUUGAUAAUCGCCUAUUGUAUAUACCGAGAAAGCUCUGAGGCGGCUUCAUCUUAAGAUUGCUGUAUGAUUCCAUGUCAUGAGUUUUUUUGCCUUAUGUGAAAUUAUUUGGACGAGUCAUGAUGACCUUGCACUUUUAAUUUUUGGGUUACCACUGCCAACAGUUAACUAGUAGAAUGUGAGAAAAAUGUGUGUGCGGGUUAUACUGAAACAAGCAUUGGAUAGGUAUUCGCUAGAGUUGAACCACAUUGUCAUCCCUCUAAUUUGGAGUAAAUGCAUUGAAUACUUGGUGUGUCCGAUGUGUUGUGCAGUCAUUUAAAGUAUGAGUGACUGAGUAGGUCUACGUUUUAAAACACUGUGACAUUCUAUCUUGGGGGGAAUUAGUACUUUUACUACGGAACAUUUCAAACUACUUUCUACCCUUACUCUAUUUUGUAAAUAAAAUAAUAAAUACGGAAAACUAGUCGAAUGUAGAUAUUCUUUUAAAUAUAAUGGUUCAUUAAUUAGAGCCUGAAAAUCAAAGGACCAAUGUGUGAGGAUAAACAAAAUAGGAAUGGUCAAAUCAUGUUGAUGGCUGUGCUCAAACUAAGAAAAUGUGUAGGGCUUGUACAUUGUAAUGUCAGAUUGCAACGUCUUCCGCAAUUUUGGGAGUGUAGGGGAAUGUUGGUAAUUAUAGUAAUGGUUCUUUGCUCUUUGUUUGGUUAAUUAUUCGUGAAAUUAUAUGCCAUUGUGGGAAGACACAGCCACAGAUAUUCUAUUUGUAAAAUGUGGCAAUACGUUUUUCAUUAUCCUAGGUUACUGAAUAUUUAUGUUUAUUUCGGAUUCUACAGAACUACAACUCUCUUGAGUCCUCUCAAUAUCGUUGAGUAUCGCCAACAGUUGGUCCCAUGAUGCUUUCUGAUGUACAAGCCCUAUUGUAGAUUAAAGUACGAAAAAAAAACGAUUUUGAUGUCUUUGUUAGGAAAACAGUUCCCAACUCGACAAGUAUAUUAAUACAUCAUUUAUUGGAUUUACGUGACAUUUUAGAAAGAAGGUUACACUAAUAACACUUAAAAUAUGACAGCAUUUAUCACCUUAGUGCUAAGAGGUGCCAUAAUAACAUUAAAUCGGUACAGCAGUCUUCAUCAGCAAGGCUUGACCUAGCCGCAGUUUUACAUCCGAGGGAUUUUCCUCAAGACCUUGUAUUGCAUUUCUGAGAAGGA